AAUAUCCCGUGCGUUUCUUUUCCACGCUCAGUCAAGGCCUCAUCCUACACGUCCCUACAUAUAUUCCUUCAAUCUCAUUUCUGCCCUCUGUUGACAGCGACAUGGCAACUGCUGAAACCCCCCCAAAAAUUCGCAUUAUGAAAGGCGCCUCAUCUGAUCUUUCUGCCGCAACAUACCAGGUCUACGAUGAAUCACAUACUAUGGGAAAUGCGCUACGCUGGAUGAUCAUGAAGAAUCCAAAAGUUGAAUUUUGUGGGUACAGUGUGCCUCAUCCUUCAGAACCAAACAUUCAGAUUCGGAUUCAGAUGUAUGAUAAUCUUUCAUCAUUGCAAGCUCUAAUCAAGGCCCUUGACGACCUUGACAAUCUCUGCGAUACAAUCAACGAGGCGUAUACGGAGAGUCUCCAGAGCGAUGAAUACGAGAGAUGGGAUGAAAAAAGUUAAGAGGGCGGAUUGAGUGUCGCAGACUCCGUUGUCGUAUCCAUACUUCUUGUCAUUUAUUAUUCUUGUAUACUCCGCAUGGGCUGCUCUAUAAUAUUACUACUUCUCCUGCCAUUGAUGCAAUUAGCUCAGAAUUUUUCAUGAAAACUCGUAUCCUCAAUGCUUUAGGUGCUGUCUUCGGGACAAUGACAUAGCUAGUAGCAAUCUUCAGAUAAGAGUCAUGAUAAUCUAAGGAGAUUUGCGGAAACUAA